GCGACAAUAACCUUAGCACGGUGUAAGUGGUCCCUAUAUUGUGCGAGUCAAUCAUGCGGCGUGUGAAACUCCAUGAUCCCCGAUCAUACUUCAAGGCGCCAGCCGAAGGAUCUUUAGCGUGGUUCUGACAUUACUUUACGUCUCUGUCGACAACCCUGAUAAAAGAUAAAAACGCCUUUUUUUGAAAGCAUCUAUAACCUCCUGUACACCUAGCAUCAUGGUCCAAUGUUCGGAGACCGAUUGCAAUACUGAAGCUACGCAGCGCUGCUCCAGGUGCAAAGAACGCGUGUACUGUAGCGUUGAAUGCCAGGCAAAGGACUGGCCAACCCAUAAAACGCAGUGCAAGAAAGUAGCCGCCCAACCUGGCGCCCAAUCGAAUUCAUCUCUGCCUCCAGGUUACAUGACGGGUCCAUUGGGCUCCAUGUCUAUGCUGGGGACCAUUUAUAAUCCCAUGACGGGCGUAUCUACUCCCGCAAGCAGCAAGAGCCAUUUUUUCGCGGAUAUGUUCGGAUACAAAGCGGAUUGUCCUGAGCGCGUGUAUAGCGAAAUUGUCGAUACGUAUCGCAUCUUCCGCUCAGGCGAGUACUUGCAGGGUACGGGACCUUCAUCAAUGUCAUUUGAGGAGUUUGUGGCCAAGGCCGAAAAGUCCGGGAUCCUGCCGGAUUGGUGGAAGGAGGAAAAUCGUGAUGGACUGCUCAAAUUCUCGAAGGAGGAUGAGUGGGGAAAAUUGGAGAGACAGGUGACCAAGGAAGAUAUCAAGAACCAUCUGGACAAGCCUGCUCGUAUGCUGAGUCUUGAGAUGAUGAUUGAAAGGAUUAACAAUCAACGUUAAGUUCACAUUGGAUUUCAUGUUUCCUGCAGAUAGAUGAUGGUGAAGGGCAAAGGAAAAAACGCUUCAUGCUGUUGUCUUUCAUUUCUUGCCGAGUUACUCUGUCCGAACCAUGGGAUCAUGAUUACUAGACUUUCUUACCAAACUCAUGCUCGGUCUCACUGGAUAUCGUGUAAUUGGUUGUAUUUCGUUACUAUGACUGCUACUACCACCGCUACUUACGAUGUCGUUGCC